AUGGCGGGGAAAGUGGUGCUGGAUCAUGGAGGAAGAUCCGCAGCCGUUCUGUAUGCCCCGGCAAGCGAAGCUGUCCGCGGUGGCUGGGGUGACCUCGAGCCUGAAGACGGGAGGCUCACAGUUGCGACCACCAGAAUCCAUCGCCUCAAGGCUGGCAGGCUCACAAUCGAGAUGGUUGGUGUCGACCUCCUCCGCCGCCGCAUCGCCCCUCUGCAGAACAAGGGGAGACUAGCUUGGGAAUACCGGAACGCGGCAGAUAUCAUGAGUCUGCGCCCUGGCCUGAACAACAAUCUGACGGUCAUGCAGCACGUGGCUCUUUGCCAAAAGUUGUUCCACCUCAAGGCCGACAGGCCGCUCAGGGAAGAAACGAACCUCAUCCGCCCCACCACCGACGAAGAGGUGGCGUAUAUUGCCAGCAAGGCGGAAGAGGCAGCCCUUGUCGAGGAGGCCGGCAGUGUUGGCUUCGUGGAAGACGAGGCCGAUGUAGAGGUGGACUUUGCCGAGCGGGGGAGCCUGCCAAAGAGCACAGUGGCGCAGCUGCUGGCCGGGGGCUCACUUGUCGAAGAGACAGCCGAAGAAACAGCUGAAGAGACAGCUGAAGUGGAGCCCCCAGCCCCAAAGAAGAAACGUGUCCUUCGGCGGACCAUCUCCGAACAGCAACAGGAGGAGCCGCUGAGGGCCACCCCCGACAUGCCGCCUCCGUCAACCACACCACCCAGGGAGGGAUCCUCGGCAAGGGCUUCCACCAACGAGCACACGCACGUGGAGGAAGAGCCGGGAGGGGUCGCCUUCCCGGCGCUCGUCACAGAUCUCCCCUUGAGGGACCAGACGGACGUCGAAGCCAUCAUCGUGGAGACUGCCAAGGAUACUGCCGCCAAGGUCACUGCUGACGAGGCUGCCAAGGACGCGCAUGAAGAGGCCACCAAGGGGUCUGUCGGGGAGGCCGGCAAGGAGACCGGCGACCGAACCGACGACAUUCCUGUCACGGGAGCGCCUAGCGCUGCAUCGGCCCCGGAGCCCCCAGUUGCUAGGGGGAUGGUGGUCGAGGACCAACCCAUCCCGGGGACGGCAAGCACCGGAGCGCCAGCCGAGGAGGAGGCUUUCGACGAAGAAGUCAUUGCCGCUGCCGGGCUCAAGGUUGUCGAUGAGCCGAGCGCCAGCAGCAGCGGAUCCAAAGAAGACCAGCUCCUCCAAGCCAUGAGCGACAACCUCCAGAAGCUCCAGGCGCUCCACCGCACCCGAAAGGAGAAACUAGACUCCAGGGCCGCAGUUGUCGACGCAGUAGAGGCAGACCUCCAGAGGCGUGUCGAGCAGAUCCGGGAGCAACUGGGCCAACGUUGGGACGAGCUUCUUUUGAAGCAGUCUGACGUUGAGAAGGCACAUGAGGAGGCUGCUCAACAGGCCGCCAAGGACGAUGCCCAACUAAGGGAACGCCGCAUCCUGCUCGACGCUCAUGAAGAGGACCUUGCCGCUCACGAGGAGGCACUCGCCUCCAAGCUCCACGGCAAGGACGAAGAAGUUGAAAAGCUCGUCGCGCAACAGACCCAAGGGCUGGAGCAGGAGCACAAGAAAGCGCUUGACGGUCUGGUGUUGGACCAUGCCGGCAAGCUGAAGGAAGCCAUCGAUGCCGUUGAAGCUGCAGAGGCCGCCAAGAACGAGCUCACCGGGAAGGUGGAGAAGCUGGAGGCGGAUCUGGAGAAGCACGGUAAGGAGAUCUCGACGCUCAAAAGCGACAGAGAGAAAAACAUGUAUAACUUGGCAGAGUUGCAAACCACCAUCUCCGACAAGACCCAACAGCUCUCCUCCGCCAACAGCUCCAUUGCCGAUCUAAAACUGAAGCUGACCACUCUGGAGGAGUCCCUUGAGGGCAGCAGGGCUCGUGAGAAGACCCUGGCUAAGGACCUCCAGGAGGAGAAGCAACUUCUUGAGAGUGUUGCUGCCACCUACAACGAUUAUGUGAAAGGCGUGGGGAUCUGGACUGAGCGCCUCAUCAACGUCGCGGAGAGGCUCACCACAUAG